UCGGGGUGACGGUGAGCUGUUGAAUGGGGGGUGGUGGCAAACGGUGAGUGUGAAGUGUUAUGUGUGACAGCAUUCCUCUUCCUCUGAGUGUGCACAGAAGGUGAAGAAGACGGAGACGAACACAAGCUCCCAACAACUGGAGGUGGAAGUGACUCGGACAGAGGAUGUGACCUGAGGCCGACUGAGUCCUCUCGUUUCCGUCACAACAACUUUUCUGACCUGAACCUGUGAAACCAGAAUCCCUCGCCCGUCCUGACAUGGCUGCCCUCGGCGGGUUGUUGCGGCUGCUGGCGGUGACGUCCUUCUGCAGCGGGAGUUUGGUUGUGGUAAACUCGGGCGUGGAGGUCGCCAGGGGUCGCUCUGUGUUCGUCACAGAGAAAGAGCUGAAGAUCAGCGUGGAUCCGAGCGCAGACUGUAAGAUGGAGGUGGUGAUGAACGAACCCGUCACUCAGAGAGUCGGCAGGCUGACGCCACAGGUGUUCGACUGCAGCUUCAUGGAGGACGAGGUCAAAUACGUCCACAACGGGAGUCCACUGCUGGACGAGGACACGGUGAUGCUCCGAGUCUACAG